CCCGUUCAAUUUCUUUAGAAAUUCCCCUCUAAUUUCAAUACAAAUCAUUAAAUCAACUCCUCCCUCACCCACCACUUUCAUCUCUUCAUCUCCAAACCCUCUCCUCCUUUCUCCAAAACAUCUUAAAAUGUUGGGGAAAAAGAUGGUUUCUUUUAAGAAACUUGCCAAGAAAGUGAAGGUGAUUGGCAAAUUAGGUGAUAGUGAGUCACCACAACAAGAGUAUUUGCUUAGAGAUUUUGAAGAUGCUUCGUCUGGUAAUUUGAGCACAACCCCAACUGGGUUUUUUGCUGUUUAUGUAGGAGAAGAGAGAGAAAGAUUUGUGGUUCCAACUAGGUUCCUCAGUCACCCACUUUUCAAGAUGCUCUUAGAGAAAUCUUACAAUGAGUUUGGAUUUGAGCAGAGGAAUAAGCUUGUGGUUCCAUGCAGUGUCUCUACUUUUCAAGAAGUUGUAAAUGCUGUUGAAUGUUGUAAUGGGAGAUUUGAUUUUGGAAAUUUGGUCGAAGAGUUUAUAUAGAUGAGAAAAAAAUAUUACAAAUAUUGGGUGUGUAAAAUACUUUAUGGUGAGCUCUAUCCUAGGUGAUUGGGCUAAUUUUGGUCCAUGUAAGCUUUUUUCUUUUUUUCUUUUUUUUUUUCCUUUUCUGGGUAUAGUUUGAUAUAUCCUGGAGAAUUGCCCAAUGUAGCAGCAGUGGAAGAAGGAGAUGGCUUCAUUUUGAUGAUGUUUUU